AAACAAUUUAUUAUCCUCUACUUAGAUCGAAAUUUAUAUAUGUACAUAUGUAUGUAUAUUAAUGUAGAUAUAAAAGUUCUAUGCGAUGCAUGUAAUUAGUAUAUGUAUGUAUAUAUGCAUAGUAUAAAAUAUUUGAAGUACGGAAGGAAAUUGAAUUAAAAAAAAAAUAAUAUAAGAAACAUAGAAGUGUAACUGGAAAAAGAGGACAUUAUAAAAUGCAGACUUUGCGGAAAAAAACUAGUCCAUGUAAAUAUCGUAAUGAUCCUGGCAGAUUUUUUGGUGAUGGGGUUACUUUUAAAGCCAAACUUAUUGGAAUUUUGGAAGUUGGUGAAGCUCGGGGUGAUAGAAUGUGUCAAGAAGCUUUGCAGGACUUAAAAAUGGCAAUAAGAGCUGCUGGCGAACAUAAACAAAGAAUAACAAUACAUGUUACGAUCGACGGAUUGCGGUUGCGAGAUGAAAAGACAGGAGAUUCUUUGUACCAUCACCCUGUGCACAAAAUUAGUUUUAUUGCACAAGAUAUGACAGAUUCUAGAGCUUUUGGUUACAUUUUUGGUUCCCCUGAUAGUGGACACAGAUUUUUUGGAAUAAAGACUGACAAAGCUGCUAGUCAGGUGGUUUUAGCUAUGCGUGAUUUAUUUCAAGUAGUAUUUGAAUUAAAAAAAAAAGAAAUUGAGUUAGCACGGCAGCAAAUUCAAAGCAAAUCUGUACACGAUCAUCAACCAAUGCCGUUACUUAUUAGUAGUGGCAAUAAAAGCAAUUCGAAUGAUUCGACUCCUAAUUUGUUAAAUAAUAAAAAUAGUGAUGGAGCCAAAACAAUGAACAAGGAGGCUAAUUUGAUGUCUCCUGAGUCGGUUGCUGAUUUAGUAGAUUUAGAGCAAGAACUCAGUUCAAUUCAACGGGGGAUCACACAAAUGGAAAGAAUUACGCCUAGUGAACCAACACCAACUUCAAAGAAUUUUGGUGAAGAAGACCCAUUUGGCGAUUCGUUUACGAAUUUCCCUACAUAUAACUUGCUUCCUCCACCUGAGUCUUCACGUUCCAGGCAUUCGAAACCGACCAAACCUCCUGAUAAUAUGAACGCUUCAAUUGAAUCAAGUAUAACGAAUAAUUUAACAAAUCCAAGUCGCACACAAUCACCACCAUUAUCAACGUUAUUAAAUUCUUCCAAUACAACCACAUCAAAUUUAACGACAAAUAUAGAAACUUCAGAAAAUUGGUUGACGGAAUUAGAAAAUGUAGAUGUUUUCAAAAGCGAAACUGCAAAUGCAACUAAGAAUUUAGAAAAUAUUACCAAUUCAGUUAAAAAUAAUGACGAAACUCAAAUAACGUCAUUACCGAUACAAAUUGCAAAAUCAGACGCUUUUACAGAUCUUGAUCCACUAGGUACGGGUAAAAUAAAACCGUAUGUAGAUAAAAAAUAUUUCUUCCAUGAAUUAAAAAAUCCUCCUAAGAAAGUUCUCAAGGAUUUAUCAACUCCUGGUGCUAGUAAUUCUAAAAAUAAUAAUAACAAUAUUAAUAUUAAUAAUAAUAAUGGACUAGAUAUUAAUAAUUUAACGACAUCAACUUCUGUAUCAGGAUCAGUAUCACAUAGUAUUUCACCAGCUAAUGAACAACAACAUCAACCAAUGCAACAACAGAACAAUGGACAACAGCUUUAUAAUGUAGUACCAACAUCAAAUUCAAUUCCAUACAAUAAUCUUGGAACCGUAACAUGUAAUACUCAACAUCAAACUACUACAUCAAUAUCAAAUAUUAAUGUGGCAUCAUCAUCAGUUUCUGAUAUUGAGCGGGUAAUAGCAACUACUUCAACAACAACUGCAGUUUCAGCUGCCGGAUCAAUGACUGAAUCAACCGUAAUUGCGCAUGAUACUGAUCCGUUUUCACCAACUCGUAAAAAAAGUGAUCCAUUUCAGGAUGGUGAUAUUUUUAGUAAAUUAGAUCCUUUUGAAUUUGAGUUCGCUAAAAGCAAUAUACUACCCGAUACUAAGAUUACUAAUACUUUAAAUGAACAAACAAGAUCAAAUGAUUCAACUUCUUCGCCAAGCGUAUUUAAUGGUCCACUGCAAGUAAGCUUACCACCUGAAAGUUGGGGUACAAAUACAGUAACAGCCACAUCAACAAAUCUUAGUCAAUCAAAUAUUUAUGCUACAGCCGGCAUUGUCGAUUCAAGUUUAUACGGUCAACGCAUUCAACGUCAAUCAAGUGAAUCCCCAAAUUCAGCAACAGCUAGAAAUCGUCCAUCCGUGUUUAAACAAAAUACUGUAGAUGUUAUAAGUAGUAUUAGUACUAAAAAAAUGCCGCCAUUAUUUGGCCACAAAUUCUCAAAAAGAGAUUCACAUAGCAUCAAUAUGAGAAGAUUACAAGAAAGUGAUUCGUUGAGUGAAAAUGAAACUGCACCCGAACCGCCACCAAGGCCAGAUUCUUCUGGUUUUUCGAUAGAACCUCCACCAUUGCCACCUAAGAAACAAUUUUCUGAUAUUGUCAUUAGGCCAAGAAUAACAUCUUCGUCGGCUGUGCCGCCACCGACACGUUACGAUUAUGUUCAAGCCAAAAUGAAAUCUAGUCAAUUAUCUUCUAUAUUUGAUAGUAAUAAUAGCGGAGCACCGCCAAUUCCAUUGCCAUCUAGACGUAUUGGACGUAGUGAUUCUAGUUAUCCUGGUCCGGGCAGGCCACGUAAGCCGGGAUGCGAUGAAGAUGAUUAUUUAGCACCUUUGCCAACAGGGCGUAGUGAAGUUCCUCCAAUAAUAGCACCACCUCCACAAAGUAAUAAAAGUGGAAGGCCUCGUCGGCAGGAGAUUGUCGAAACUAAGAAUUAUGAUACAAAUCAGGUCAACAAACAAACAAGUAAUUUACCUCUUAACCCUAUUGAAUUUGAACCGGAAGCAAUACUACCAGAUAUUACAUUAAGUCAAUUGUUAACUCUUGGUGUGGAAGAUUUAGCGAAGAAACUAAAUGUGCCAGCUUCUAAGCUGAGUACUAUGACUUUGGUAGAAUUAACAACAUAUUUAUCUGAAUUUAUUGAGGCUUCAAAGAAGAGGCAACAGCAGCAACUACAAGAGAUUCAAACGCAGCAACUACAGCAAAACCAACAGCAACAUCAAAAAAUAUCUGCACCCAUUUCUAGCAAACCAGCUGUUAAUAAAGCAAUUGGAACAAAUAUAAGUUUGGGUUCAAGUCCGCCAAUAUUCAAAGUAAAUUUUGACCAAAAUUCCGAUGCAACAUUCAUUGCUAAAUUUGAUGAUAACUUUGGUGAUGAAUCAUCUCUAAACCAGUCCUCAACGUUUGUAGCAAAUUUUUCACAGUUCGAAAAUAUUAAGCCGGAAUCAAUGGCAUCUUCUGCGGUAUUUGCCAGUGGUAGCGGCUCCCUACAAAAUUAUGCACCACCUGUUAAAAGUAUUCCACCAGCAGACAGAUAUGCAGUUUUCCGAGAAAUUAUUGAUCAAGACCUUAAAAAUGAUAGUAGUACUGAAAUCAAGAGCUCCCCAGAGGAAGAGGACGAAGAGUUUUAUGAUGAUGAUGAAGAGAAUUCGUCACCAAUUCAACAACAAAAACUCGACAAUGAAUAUAGUGACGACGAAAAGAUGCAAACAGUUUCCGUUACGCAACCUAUUCAAACAAAAAUUAUUGAUACAAAAAUUACUGAGGCUAUAUCACAUGCAAAGGAUCGUUACGCUGCACUUCGGGAUAUUAUUUUAGUUGAAAAUUUGUUUGAAAAACCUAAAACAUUGCCGCAACACUCAGACUCCUUUAGUGGGUUUACAGCCACUUUUGGUGAAAACAAUUUCACCGAGCCGUCUCAAGUGAAACCAAGUGAAACGAUAUUUGCAGAUGAUUCUUUUCCAACAAACUUUGAAACUGCUUUAGAUGAAAUGACAAAUAGAGAUGAGUCAACAGAAAACGAUGUUGAAAACGAUAAAGGUGAAUCUAACAUACAAGCAGAGCUAGAAGACAAAGAUCAUCUAGAAGAAAGAUUACCUAGUACAGGAAGUAGUCCAGAUUCAAAUCAAAAUUACGAUUCUGAUAAAUUAAAAGGAGAGGACUCGGAAUUGCAUAAGCCUGAAGACAAUAUUCUAGAUUUACAGAAAGAAAAUGGUAAUACUUCAUCAUUGAUGCAAACUUUGAAUGUGUCAAGCAAUAAAGAUGAUGUUGAAAUAGAUGAGUUGAUGAACCGCGCUAUAUCUAAUUUAUCGUUAGAUAGUCGCGAUCAUUUAUCUCCAAAGACCCCAGCAAUUAUAAAAUCUCCAAUAAUAAACGAUAACAUAGAACUUGCGUCAUCGCCUGUUAACCAAUUGCAAUCUGAUCGGCAACAAAUUAAAUCACCGUUAAACAAUGUCGUUUUAAGUAGCAAGUUCAAUGACGUCUCUACCUCGCCGAUACCUAUACAAAAGUCACCACAAACUGUUCCAGGGAUAUUAUCGGUUUCGGAUGUAGCUAAAAACAUUGAAAAAUCCCCUUCACAAUUAACUAUUAACUCUUCAACAGCUAAAUCUCCUAGCUUGAAGUCUCCGCUUUCUAGAUCUCCUAUGGGGCAGCAAAAUAUUUCUAACGGAGCCAUGAAUAUCAAAAAGAAGACUUCUAAAGAAGAAAGCUCUGAAUGGGCUGUUUUUGACAAAUCAUCGGAAACUAGAGAAAAUUCGUCAGCCCCAGGAACAAUUGGGCAGUCCCAACCGCAACGUUCAAAAGGAUCAAAAACCCCAGCAGCCAAAGAUGUAGUUGGUGAAUCUCCUUGUUCAUCUGAUGGUAAAGACGAUUGGAAAACUGCAGGUAUUAACAGACAAGGUUUACCACCAGAAAGUAUUUGUAGUAAUAAACGAUGGCCGAAAGGCCAAACAUCUUCGUCGUCAAGGGACUUAAGCCCGUGGGAUGAUGAAGCUCCGAAUGAAUAUAAAAAAAGGCAAGUUGUUCAUCCCAUUCCUGACAGACAUGGUUACUAUAUGAGACAUUCAAGACGGAUGAAUUCCUGUGAUGAUGAUUAUGAGUAUGAGGAGGAAAUGGCUAAAAGAAGAGAGCGGAAAAUUAAAAGUGGGAUUUCUAAAAGCAGAGAUAAUUUCGAUUUUGAUUCCCCUAGUUGGUAUCAAAGUGGAACAAUGCAUCACAGUUGGUCUCCACAAGAUGAUGAUGAUCGAGAAAGAUCUUUUGAGAGAGGCGUUUAUGAACGGAGUAGCUAUGGUGGUCCAAUGUAUGAUAAACACAAGCACGUUCCACACUCUUCAUACGAUAGACGUAUUGCUUAUGAUAAAAGAGGGAAAUAUUAUAGAGAGUAUUGCCGUCCAACAGAUUAUGAAUUUGAAUCAUAUGGUGAAUGCCCUGAGGUGAAAGAUAGGAAAAUGAUGUACUCUAGACGUGACUAUGAAAAUGUUUAUGAUGACGGUGGAUUUACACGUGGAGGUAUUGCGCCUGAUAAUAAUAAUACUGUCGGUAGAAAUUCUGGAAGUGGAAUAUAUAAAUCAAGAGAAUAUUUUUAUUCUGGGACAACUGAACGACGCAGUUUUGAUCGUGAAAGUAUUGACUCGUACGAAAGCGGUGGUCGGAGAAGAAAAAGUUUCGGUAGUGGUGAUGUUUACGGUAGUUUUGAUAGUCGAGAAGAUUUUCGUGAAAGGUAUAUGGCAGAUAAAACUAGACAAAUCCGUAAAGGGAUAAAACCACGGGGGCCAGCUAGUUUGAGCGGAGGGCCUCCUGACGAGUAUGAACAAGACUCGGAAACUGAUAUGCAAGUUCGUAGGGAACCUAGAGAGUAUAGUAGAAGUUUGCAAAGACCCUCUUCUGGAUCAAGAAUUCGUAAAAGUAGCGGUUCGAGUCCUUGGGAUGGAGAAGAAGGCCCAACACACGCGCAAAAAGGUCACUGGAAGCGACCUGCAAGUGCUUCAGAGUCCGAACGACGCUUGACGGCGGAAAACAGAAGAGUUUUGUCACAUAAUCAAUCUGGAGGCUCUGAUGGCGAAAAAGAAAGAAGAUUCCGCAAAAAACAGAGGCAACGUGGAAAAGAAGGUAGCGAAAUACGGCCAUCGCUUCCAACGGGAAGAUAUCCAUCAGCGGGUUCGCAUAGAGAAAAUUAUGACUACGUUUAUGAUGACUAUGAGAGAAAUGUAACGACACAAUCACCAAUUCCAGGACCACCAGUCGACGAAGAUAAAUUUGAGAGACUAAAUCGACGACGUAUGGAUUUAAACCAGCGAAUGAUAGAUAUGGAACAUAGAAAAAGGAAUACAAGUGGAUCAGUUACUGCUGAAAAAUAUAGUUAUGAAGACGAAGAUUAUGAGGACGACGACGAUGAUGCUGAAGCUACCAAAUCCGCUCCGAUUCAAAAAUAUUCAAUGAGUAAAAAAGAUUCUUAUUAUUCUGAAAAAGAUAUUCGUUAUUCAAGAACCCCAAAAUUCGGAAGUGAACGUUUUGAUUUCGAUGCUGACUUUGAAGAAACUCCUCACUCAACUUCCAGCGGCCGAAAUAAAUUUAAUUUUGAUGAUCAAGUUGGUUUCGAAUCAGAUUUUAUAAGUUCACCACCACCAUCCGGACAAUUACCACCAUCUGCUACAUCCUCUAUAGCAACUAAAACCCCCAUUAGUGCUGGUACGAAAUCAAGUUUUAGAUUCUCAAAUGAUUUUUCAGGCAAACAGUCACUGUCCUCUAAUUUUGGUGAUGGUGAGUUUCCAAAUUCAAAUUCAACAAGUUCCAUGCAACAGGUUACACCAACUACAGCAUCUACGCAAAAAUUACGAUUUGACGACAAGGUUACUAUUUCAAAAUUCGAUCAUAACCAACCAAGUAGUAGUAGUGGUGGCGUUGGUAACAUUUCUUCAUCUAUAGGCGAUGCUUUUGAGGACGAUGAUUUUUCAAAAGCACAAUUUGAUUUUGAAAAUGAGAGUCAAUGGAGUUCGGAAACUCCUAUUAAACGAAACAAUAAUUUAAGAUCUAGCGGUAAAAAUCGAGGUGGCAUUAACAGUAACAGUGCGAUUGAUAGCACAACGCAACAUGAUCAUUUACGGAAAUCCGAAUCUGUUAAUAUAUUUGCAAAGAAAACUGAAGAUCCAUUCGAGGAUGAUGAUUUUUUUAAAAAUGUUGAAAAUAACAGUAUAUCACAUGAUAGUAGCAAUGGAAAAAAACACGGUAAUAUCGAGGUUAGUUUAAGUAACGGCGGAAGUAAUAUUAAUAACGGUAAUAAUAAUAUGACAAAUACAUGUAAAAAAGAUUCAUUUCAAUGGGAUAACGACUUUGCUAAAUUCGAUGAAAAUAUGUGAUUUGUUUGUAAAAGUUUAUGUAAAUGUAAUAAAAGAAAUUAUAGAAAAGCUAACAAUUCAAAUAUACCCAAUAAAAUUAUUUAUAAUUAUAACAAUAAUAACAAUAAUAUUAUAAGUUGUAAUAACAGUAAUAGUAACAAUAGAACUAAUAGUAGUAGCAUUAAUAUAGAAAAUGAAAAUAAUAAAAAGAGUAUUACUUACGGUAAUAAUAACUAUAAAAAUAGCACCAAUAAACAUUAUAAAAAUCAUAAAUUCAAUAAUAGAUCUGCUAAUGGAGUCAAAAAAAUUAAUAGUAAUAAUAAAAUUUACAGAAAAGUAAAUAAUAGAACUAACAAGGAAAAUAUAAAUAUUAUUAAUAAAAAUACUAAUUCUAUACAAAUUAACAGUAGUAAACUAAUUUCAAAUAAAAUCAAUAAUACUGAUUAUAAAUAUAAUUCAAAUAAAAUCAAUACAAUUUACAAUAAUCGAACAAAUACAAAUAAAAAUUUUAA